UCCUAUAUAAGCCAAAGCAGCCUCUGUGGUUGAAACCCUAGUUCCACUAAGCUAUCAGCCACCCCUUUUGCUCUACACUGUCUAAAACCCCUUUCAUUUCUCACUGAUUCAUUCAUCAAAUUUUGGGCAUCAUCUUCAAUCAAACCCCACCUUGCAACUAAGUCACAGGUAUUCAACAAGUGAGAUACCAUGUCGGAUGAUGAAAGGGAGGAGAAGGAGUUGGAUCUCUCUUCUCCUGAAGUUGUCACCAAAUACAAAACCGCUGCUGAGAUCGUUAACAAGGCUUUGAAGUUAGUUAUUUCAGAAUGUAAACCUAAGGCUAAAAUUGUGGACAUUUGCGAGAAAGGGGAUUCAUUUAUUAGAGAGCAAACUGGUAAUGUGUACAAGAAUGUGAAGAGGAAGAUUGAGAGAGGAGUUGCUUUCCCAACAUGCUUAUCCGUAAACAACACAGUCUGCCAUUUCUCUCCUCUGGCCAGUGAUGAGACAGUGUUGGAAGAAGGUGAUAUAUUGAAAAUUGACAUGGCUUGUCAUAUAGAUGGGUUCAUUGCUGCUGUUGCUCACACUCAUGUUCUUCAGGAAGGUCCAGUUACAGGAAGGUUAGCUGAUGUCAUUGCAGCUGCAAACACUGCUGCUGAGGUGGCCUUGAGGCUUGUAAGGCCAGGAAAGAAGAACAAGGAUGUAACUGAUGCAAUUCAAAAGGUUGCUGCUGCCUAUGAUUGUAAAAUUGUUGAGGGUGUUCUUAGUCACCAAAUGAAGCAGUUUGUGAUUGAUGGGAAUAAGGUUGUGCUUAGUUUGUUUAAUUCAGAUACAAGGGUUGAUGAUGCAGAGUUUGAGGAGAAUGAAGUUUAUGCAAUUGAUAUAGUAACAAGCACAGGAGAAGGCAAGCCUAAGCUCUUGGAUGAGAAGCAGACAACUAUCUACAAGAGGGCUGUUGACAAGAGUUAUCACUUGAAGAUGAAAGCAUCUAGGUUCAUUUUCAGUGAAAUAAGCCAAAAAUUUCCAAUCAUGCCAUUCUCUGCUAGGGCUUUAGAAGAGAAAAGAGCUCGUCUGGGUCUAGUGGAAUGCGUGAAUCAUGAGCUUUUGCAGCCAUAUCCUGUUCUGCAUGAAAAGCCUGGUGAUUAUGUUGCACACAUCAAAUUCACAGUGUUGCUAAUGCCAAAUGGAUCGGAUCGAAUCACAUCUUAUCCACUUCAAGAAUUGCAGCCAACGAAAACAGUAGAUGAUCCUGAGAUUAAGGCCUGGCUAGCCUUGGGAACAAAGACAAAGAAGAAAGGUGGUGGAAAGAAGAAAAAAGGUAAGAAAGGAGACAAGGCAGAUGAGUCAGGUGAAGCUGAGCCAGGUGAAGCUGAGCCAAUGGAUUCAACAAAUGGGGCCACACCUGAAGAUUGAGUUACCUCCCCCCUCUCUCCCUCUCUCUCUCUCUCUCUCUCUCUCCCAA